AUGUUGAAACGCGCGUACGUCUUCUCCUAUCCUUUCGUCAGGAAGCAUACCCCAUCCAGCGCGCAAGUCGUCAAUGUCUACACCACUUUUGAGGCCCCGGCAAGCGUUCCAGCAGACGAGACGUCGACACCGGAGGGCGAGGAGCCGACAGCGACUGAGGUCACGCCCAGCUCCACCUCUAGCUCUCCCCCAGCUGUAGCCACGGAGCAGGACGGGGUGUAUCAAGUGCCUUGGACUGCGAUUCGUGCGUACCGGACCGUUCCGCUCGCCCAAGAAGCUGCUCAUCAGGCUGUAAAGUUUCUGUCCCAUAGCCCCAGUGCGGUUGUGCAGAGUGAAGGGCCGAAGAAAAGCUGGUGGCAGCGAUGGCAGGACACGACGCCACGGCCAUUGCAGAACCCGAAAUGGGCGGCAAACAUGGCGUUGCGAGUCGCGCAUCGUGCCAAGUCCUCGUACUUGUCGCCGCCUGUCACAAACUCAACUGCAUCUGUGGCAAAGAAGAUCCCAGAGAAUUCGAAGCCUCAGUCAGAGAUCGUCAUCAACAUUCGGCCUUCAACUCCUGCCCAGCACAAGGUCCAAGUGUUCAAGCCACUUGCCCCUCCCGAUCGCGUCCAGCCCCCCCCUGCGGUUCCAGACUUCGUUGCUGUCCCGUCGGCUGCUCCGUUCAGGAGCCCUUGGGAUGCCAGGGCUUUCCAGAAGCAGGAAAGUUUGAUGAGGCUGAUGAAGAAGAAGUAUGUGAUGGAAGCUGUACCCCCUGGCUACAGGCUUGUGAUGCCGAAGGAAGCUGGAGAGAGUUACCUUCAGGUUCCUCAACAAGGAGCAGUCGUUGCGAUGCCUCAAGAGGGAAGGGAGAGCUUCAUCGAGAUCCCUCAGGGGAGCCCAGGAAUCAUCGAGGAAGCCCCUGCACAAGGAGCAACUUUCAUGCAGAGCCCUCGAAACACUUUCGCAAAUUUUCAGCCCUUCCCUCAACAAGGGACCUUCCUACAGAUCCCAGCAGAUCGACUGGUGCAAGAAAGGUCCUGGGAAGCUCUACAGGACCAGGAUGCUUCUAGGCGUGCUGGGUUCUACGGGGAGCGACGAGGCGUGUGGAAGAGUAUCGUGCCAGGGGUCAGGCCCAUUUGGAGCACAGAGAGGAGGAUGGAAGGAGCGGGAGGUUUUGUACGUGGUGCAUCACAGGCGGCGGUGCUGGCCGACCUUCUGAAUCGAGCAGUAGGUAGAUGA